GCGCGGUGGGCAGCUUCGGGGCGGGGCAGGUUUAUAUCCGCGGAGGAUCAGCUGACGCUCUGCAUUGCAGACUGCGGAGUCAGGCGGCGCGAUGUACACUCUCUUCCUCCUGGCCGGCCUCCUGGGCACGGCUCUAGCCAGCCCUGCCCUGGGCCUAAGAGAAUGCACCCGAGGCUCAGCAGUGUGGUGCCAGAAUGUGAAGACAGCGGCUGACUGCGGGGCUGUGAAGCACUGCCUGCAGACUGUCUGGAACAAGCCGACAGUGAAAUCCCUUCCCUGCGACAUAUGCAAAGAUGUCAUCACUGCCACUGGCGACAUGUUGAAAGACAACGCCACUGACCAAGAGAUCCUGGUGUACUUGGAGAAGACCUGUGACUGGCUUCCUACGCCGGACAUGACUGCCUCCUGCAAGGAGAUCGUGGACUCCUACCUCCCGGUCAUCCUGGACAUGAUUAAAGGACAGAUGAGCAACCCCGGGGAGGUGUGCUCCUCUCUCAAUCUCUGCGAGUCUCUUCAGAAGCACCUGGCAGAGCAGAAUCACCAGAAACAGCUCGAGUCCAACAAGAUCCCGGAACUGGACGUGGCUGAGGUGGUGGCUCCCUUCAUGGCCAACAUCCCCCUCCUCCUGUACCCUCAGGAUGGCCCCCGCAGUGAGCCCCAGCCGAAGGCUGGUGGGGACGUUUGCCAGGACUGCAUUCAGAUGGUGACGGACAUCCAGACCGCUGUGAGGACCAACUCCACGUUUGUCGAGGCCCUGGUAGAGCAUGCCAAGGAGCAGUGUGACCGCUUGGGGCCUGGCAUGGCCGACAUGUGCAAGAACUAUAUCAACCAGUAUUCUGAAAUUGCUGUCCAGAUGAUGAUGCACAUGCAGGAUCAGCAACCCAAGGAGAUUUGUGGGCUGGUUGGUUUCUGUGACGAGGUGAAGGAGGUGCCCAUGCAGCCCCUGAUCCCGGCCAGAGUCGUCUCGGAGGACGUUAUCCCUGCCCUGGAACUGGUGGAGCCCGUUAAGAAGGACCUGGUCCAGGCGAAGUCCAGUGUUUACUGUGAGUUGUGUGAGUACGUGGUGAAGGAGGUGGUCAAGUUGAUUGACAACAACAAGACUGAGGAAGAAAUCAUUCACGCUUUUGAUACGAUAUGCUCCAAACUGCCCGUGUCCCUGUCCGAUCAGUGCCAGGAGGUGGUAGACACUUACGGCAGGUCCAUCCUGUCCAUCCUCCUGCAGGAGGCGAGCCCUGAGCUGGUGUGCACCAUGCUCCACCUCUGUACCUCCCAGCAGCUGCCCGCACUGACUGUCCAAGUGACUCAGCAGAAGGAGGACGGGGGCUUCUGCGAGGUGUGCAAGAAGCUGGUAGGCUAUUUGGAUCACAACCUGGAGAAAAACAGCACAAAGCAGGAGAUCCUGGAUGCUCUUGAGAAAGGCUGCAGCUUCCUGCCUGACCCCUACCAGAAGGAGUGUGACCAGUUUGUGAGCCAGUAUGAGCCCGUGCUGAUUGAGGUCCUGGUGGAGGUGAUGGAGCCGACCUUCGUGUGCUCGAAAAUUGGAGCCUGCCCUGCAGCCCGUAAGCCUCUUUUGGGAACAGAGAAGUGUGUCUGGGGCCCGAGCUACUGGUGCCAGAACAGGGACACAGCAACCCUGUGCAAUGCUGUUGAGCACUGCAAACGUCACGUGUGGAACUAGAAAGAAUGUUCCAUCUUGGAGGAACCACAGCGUCUUUUCCUACUUGUAUGUCUGGGGGGGGACAAACACAGCUCUGUUGACUUUGUUAUAAAAAUCGGCCCCCCCUUACCCUCAGUCCAUUUCUUACCUCCCUUACUCUAGCAUUGCUGUCAGUGUGGGAGGUGCCUCACCCGCCACUGACAUACCUGCUGCAGUGUCCCUUUUCUUUCUGCUACAUGGGUAAUGACAUACUGUGCUCUGGAGCUCUUUUAGCCUGUCCUUGGUUAGCUGGGGCUUGGGGGUGAGGGGGCUCUGGAGGCUGGCGGAGCCAGAGCUGCUUGACAGAAGGCUCUCCAUCCUCUUGGCUGGACUUUGUUCUGAGCCCUGCUCAGGGCUUGGGCACUGGUGGGCUUCUGAGGUCUCUACCUACCCUACGGAGGGCCCUCCCCUCCCCCGCCUGGGCCUGUUGGCUGCUAAACACAGGCAGUUUUAUAGGAAAGAUUUAGAGGCUCACAACAAUUAGGCUUUUUGAACAAUAUAGUUCACACUGUAAUAGAGAUUUUAGAAGCAGUUGUUCAGGAGACCUGGGUGGGGUUCGAGUUUGCUGUUCCUGGAUCCACCUUUGAUCCAGUUUUCCUGUGUCUUUCCUGUUACGCCUUGUUUUGUGUUCUGUGGGUUUGGGUGGAAGUGGAAAAAUGUGUGUCAAUGCAACCUGCCAGCUCUGUGUGGAGGUCCCGUGGGCCUGGCUUUUGUGCGUGAGCAUGUAGAUAGUGGCGGCCCCCUCAUGCCUGCUCUGUGCCCGUGUGCUGCUGCCCACCAUCGCCCUGGGCAGCCCAGCCCCUCACCGCUGGCUCGUUGCGUAGCUGUUCUUUCUGACCUUGAAAUGAGUGUGGAUGACAAACUCCUCCUAAGCCUCUGGCUUCCAAGUAGAGGGUCUGCUGCUCAGGGGCCUGGGUUGCUGCCCCGCCUCUCCUGUUUGGCUGAAUAUUCUGUCCCACUUCUGGUUGCCAGGAGACAGCAAAAUCUGUAGUUGCUAUUAAACGGACUUAAUGAUCUUUUGUUUUGCACUAAAGUUUCUGUGAUUUAACAAUAAAGUCUGUCAGCCAGA